AUGAAGAUACCUCUCGAUGAUAUCAGUUUUAUUGCUGCACGUGCACGAUAUUUUCGGAUAUUAGAUGAGCUUCGUGCCGAUAAUGCUAUAAUAUUUUAUCAAGAUGAAACAUGGAGUAAUGCUGGUGAUGAGAAGAGAAGCAUUUGGAUAGCUGAAGGUGGUAGUGGGCGUUUGAAAAAGUCUGAUACGAAAGGUGAGAUUGAAAAGAUGAUCAUUUAUUUGCAUACAAUACUGUUGAAUCAAUCUUUCCCAGGUAAAAGGCUAACAAUAAAUGGAAUCAUCAAUGAAAUGGGAUUUCACUUGGAUUCAUUGGAUAUAUUCACAUGUGAUGCUGAACAUACAAUGGACGCAUCUCGUUUUACAAAAUGGAUAACUGAAACCUGUUUCAAACUAAGAAAACAAUACGGUAAUAAACCACGUAUAUGUCUUGUUAUUGAUAAUGCCACGUGGCACAAUCAACAAACGGAUGAUUCGAAAGUGCCAACACGGUCAUUGAGAAAAGUGGCGAUUCAAAAUUGGUUGGACCAACGUAAUAUCGAAUAUGAGCCAGUGUUGACGAAAGCCGAAUUACUUGAGAUAGCAGUGAAAUUUGCUCCUCCACGACGAUAUAAAGUUGAUGAAGCUGCUCAGAGAUUUAAUGUGGAAAUCUUACGUUUACCAGUGAAACAUAGUGCAUUGAAUCCGAUUGAAUUAGCUUGGGCUGGACUUAAAAAUUACAUACGUGAUAAUAAUAUGAAUUUUCGACUCGUUGAUGUUCAUAAUUUGACAAUGGAAUAUUUGGCAGCUGUCGAUGGACCAUUAUCAACAAGUUAUUUUCAACAUAUUAAAACAUAUGAAGAUUCAUUCAAAGCUGCAGAUAAAUAUGUUCAAGAAGUGGUUGAUCCAACGCUUGAUGAGAACGAUGAUGAAACCUUCGAUAAUGAUAGCAAUGAUGAUGAAUCGGUUAUUGAUUCUGAUGAUUUAGAUGAUGAUGAUAGCUCAGAUACAUGA